UUCGGUACGGAUUCUCGCCGCGAUCGGAGUUGGAAAAAGUUUCGGAAAAGCUCUUGAACCGCGUUCGGUCGAACCGCCUAGAUCAAACCACCCCAGAGUCAGUGAGAGGUGUGAGUGGAAGUGUAAAAGUGAAAAUCAAGGUUGAAACCGUGCGACACGUGCGACGCGGGAGGAGAGUGUGGGGUUUGCUGGUGCGAAGAAUCGGUACUUCCGGUUGUGUCAACACGCCGCACCGGACUGAAGUGACUGCCUAACGGACCGUGCUGGACUGGAUAAGGGUGGGAAUAGUGCGCAAGCUUUCACCCUGCUGGUGGUCUAAGGAUAAUAACUGAAUUGUUGAUGUUCAUCACCGUUUGAGUCGCUGCCCGUCCGCGACCGUUCGUCCUAGCAGCGCACACCUUUCUUCAAUUGAUUGAGCUCUAUUCGGAGUGGGUGGGUUGUAUCCGAAGUGGUGUUGGUUCGUUACGCUUUUGUGAAGCACAUGGAACGACAACGCUAGGCAGCGUAGCGCAGCGAGGCAGUCAUCAGUGAGCCUGUCCAUCGCAUUUGUGUCUCGGAAAUCUCGCCAAUAUAUCGUCAAUCGUGGCGUCAAGAUGCAUCCGAACCAAUUAAUUGGCACAUCGCGUGCCACCACGCUACUGGCGAGCGUGCUGGACCGAGCAGCACAGUAGAGUCCCAUAUUUCACACCUUCUUCCUUCUUUGGGGCACGCUUAAUCAUCUCCACUGGCAGUCUUGACAUACGUGUUGACGAUAGAGACGUUUGUUCCCUGUGGGAAACUCAUCCUCGGUUGAUUUGGGCCGCGCUGCUGGUGAGUGACACUGGGCGCCUGGCGUCGUGAGAUUCACACUACACGCACGUGGUGAGAGAAAGAGUAUUGCCAUAGCUCACGACGAUGACGACGACAACGCGGCGGUAGAUGAGCGAGUGCUGCACUCCAGUUCACGACGACGACGACGGACGGAUGCCAAGCUGGCCUACCCGCAGAACGCUGCUGUAGUUCUUGUCGUGAUCCCGUAGCGUGAAGUCGUGUUCGCAAACUGCUGCAUAACAGCUGGCUCACUUUGAAGCCAUACUUAAUGGUGGUACUGUGGAAGGUGUCAGUUCAGUACUUUAUAGUGUCAGAAGAACAAAAAUGCCUCUCAAGUGACAAGUGGGUGUGUGUAUGAAUGCAGAAGGUGCUGGCCGGGUGUAAUCUACGGCCGUAAUUGAAAUAUUUGCGUGUAAUAAAUUGAAGAUAGAAGGCGGCUCGCGACCCGUCCGUCCGGCGUGCUUCAGUGCUCUCGGUGUCCAACGAAUGAGCCGAAAAGUGUGGGUGGGGUGUCAGUAGCAAGCAGAAGCAGCCAGCAGUCAGUCAGUGGUGUCAGUUAUCUUCCCCCAAGCGGUGUUAGUUGGACGGGGAAGACUAGUGAAGAACCAGAAGAAGAGACCGUGAGGAAGAUUUUUGGAACCGCCGAUGACGCUCACAGUGGGAAAAUGUAAAGUGAGAAAAGGUUUUUUCAAUGCCGCUGGAUUUAAUUAAUCUGGAGAAUCAAUUUCCUAAGUGAAAAUAUAUAAUCGAAUAAAACAGUUGUCGUUAGAUUCAUCCAUCAAAAGUGAAGAAAAAUGGAAACCGGUGAAGUACUGGCUAAUGCCUAAAUCGCGUAUCGUGUAUUUGACCGUAUACCCACUACUGUAUAAACGUAAGCCAGAUUCCAGACCACCAGAAUAUUUCGUGAAUUUUGUCGGGGUAGUGCAUUUCCUCCUGCGUGAGGUCUCACUCCAACAACAACAACAACAAGGUGCGAGAGGUGAAAAGUGAAACCACAGUGUAUAACCCUACUGUUUGCCAACGGCAAGCGUUUUGUGAAGAAGACUGCGCUAUCGGUGCGUGUGGUGGGGCAUAGUGGCCAAGAGGGGAAAGAGAGGAGUUGUUUUCCCAACGUCACCGACACGCGACACCGCAAUUCGUUUGGCUCGCUACUGCUGUUUCCGGUAAACUAGCCUGGCUGGAACGGUAUGCAAAGGUAUCUCGUUGCUUCGAGUUUCUAGUAGAAAUGGUGGAUGCAUAACCGCAUGAGGAAAAACCAAAAACCAGCAGUAGCAGCAGUUCAGUUUAGGAGAAUUUUGUGAAAUACUAGACAAACAUCGUCAUACGAGGAGAAUAGUUACAGAUCAAACCGCGUAGAAAUGGCAUCCACAGUUCCCAAGUGGGAAAAGCUCUCGCCAAGUGAAUUCCAACAGCUGCAGGACCUCGCCUCGUAUUCCACCAAAAAGCUGCAAAAUGUGCUGCAGGAUUUCUGCUCCCCAACGACACCAUCGGCGUCUCGAUUUCACCCGGAUGGGGACGUCGACUAUGAGGGUUUCCGGAAAUUUCUGGAUGCGUUCCUCGACUGCGAAACGCCGGAGGAGCUGACGCGGCAUCUGUUCAUAUCAUUCCUGAAGCCGGCCCUGUAUCACGGCGGCCAUGGCAAGGCGCUCAGCCAGAUGGCGGCGAUCAGCAGUAAUGCCGCCUGCGCACCCGUCACGUCCCACAAUCGAGGGUCCAUUCCCAACCUGAACAACAUCAUCGACCUGCCGACCCCGCAGCCUUCGCAGGAAUCGCAGCGCAACAGUUUCGUCGAUCGGAUACAGCACGGCAUCGCGGACAAGCUUCAAUCGCUGGGCCACCUGGGACAUGGUGACACCAGCGACGGCAGCAGGCAGGGCAAAAGCGGAACAGUGCACCCUAUGCUGACGGUGACACCCAGCCCGAUGGGAGGUAGCAGCUCGAUAUUGCCGGCACCGUUCCGGCGGUCGGCCGAUUCCAGCCCAUCGCACAGCCACAGUCACAGCCACUCGCAGAUUUCCCGGAAUUCGUCUCGCAAGAGCAACAAUUCCGUCAACUGUCGGAUAGAAGACAUUCGGUUACUUCCCCGAAAGCAAUCCUAUUUGGACCCGAUGCUGUUCAAGGUGCCACUGAAGGAUGUCGUGUGCUAUCUGUCGCUGUUGGAAGCUGGCCGGCCGGAGGACAAGCUGGAAUUCAUGUUCCGGCUGUACGAUACCGACAGCAACGGAGUCCUGGACACGACCGAAACGGACGCUAUCGUAAAUCAGAUGAUGUCAGUGGCAGAGUACCUCGGCUGGGAUGUGUCCGAACUGAGACCGAUUCUGCAAGAUAUGAUGACCGAAAUCGACUACGACGGCGAUGGGUGCGUUUCGCUGGAGGAAUGGCAACGAGGAGGGUUGACCACCAUUCCACUGCUGGUGCUGUUAGGUGUCGAUAAUACUCUCAAAGAGGACGGCUACCACGUGUGGCGGUUGAAACACUUCAGCAAGCCGGCCUACUGCAAUAUGUGCCUCAACAUGCUGGUCGGGCUGGGCAAGAAAGGACUCUGCUGCGUGCUGUGCAAAUACACCGUCCACGAGCGGUGCGUCCAGCGUGCCCCGGCAUCCUGCAUCGCCACCUACGUCAAGUCGAAGAAAUCGAAAACCAGUUCCGUGUUUCAGCACCACUGGGUCGAGGGCAACUGCUACGGGCGAUGUUCCAAGUGUCGAAAACGGAUCAAAGCGUACAACGGCAUCACCGGACUGACCUGCCGCUGGUGUCGGAUGAUGCUUCACAACAAAUGUGCCUCUCUGGUGAAAGCGGAAUGUUCCUUGGGAGAAUUUGCCAACAUGGUGCUACCACCGACGGUCAUCUGUCCCGCAGUCCUGGAUCGACAAAAAUCCAUCAACUACGCCACUAGCCGGGGCAAGAACGUCCCUUCAACGAUUCACUUCCAAAUCACCGCCACCGAAAACAUCUGUCCCCUGUUGGUGUUCAUCAAUCCGAAAAGUGGCGGCCGUCAGGGGGACCGAAUUCUCCGUAAGUUUCAGUACCUGUUGAACCCCCGGCAAGUGUACGAUCUGUCCAAGGGUGGUCCACUGGAGGGACUGACCAUGUUCAAGGAUGUUCCUAACUUCAUGGUGAUAUGUUGCGGAGGGGAUGGCACCGUCGGGUGGGUCCUAGAAGCGAUGGAUUCCAUCGAACUGCAGUGUCAGCCUUCGGUGGGGGUGAUACCCUUGGGGACUGGGAAUGACCUGGCGAGGUGCCUGAGGUGGGGUGGUGGAUACGAGGGUGAAAGUAUUCCUAAGAUAUUGGAUAAGAUUCAGAGGUCUUCGGUGGUGAUGCUGGAUCGGUGGAGCAUCGAGGUGAAAAACCAUCCGACGAGUAACGAAGAGACGCCCGUAAUUCCGACUCAUAAGGUACUACAGGUUACGCUUUCGGAGAAUGUACAAAAAGUGAUAGAACUGUCGCAUAGGAUAAUAGUGGAAAAAUCUGUGAUUCAAUCGUAUGACGAAACCAAAAAUAGUACAAAAACAACCGAGAUAUCGAUAGAGAACACGAAACGAGUGGUUCUGAGUGACAAUAAUGGAACGACAGCCACCACGAUGCACCAGCACCAACAGUCGGCCUCGAUGAUGACAACGUCACUAUCCUGCUCCUCCUCGAAGGAAAUUACUCAGCAAACAACCGGCAACGGGGACAUUGGCAAAACGCUGCCACCACACUCGGAAACGGUCGUUAAUGGCACCAGCCAGUGUCAAGCGGAAGUCAUCAAUGGCGGCAGCGGCUGUGGCUGCAAUGGUGACCGCUCUCCGUCUCCAUCCAACCACAGCAAAGACGUCGUCGACGGGGACAACGAUAAGACACGUGCUGUCGUUACCGCCUGCCAGUGCCAUCAUAAUCACAACCAUACGGAUGCGCCUCGGUCCCAGGAGGAGGAGGAGGAGGAGGAACACGGGAAGCCAGGCACGCCAACAACGCCGACCACGACGACGGCUACGGUUCCACCGACACCGCAGUCAGCCAAGGAGAAAAUUGUUGACCUGCCCAAGCUGAUAAAGCCACAAGCCGCGGCGUCGGAAUUCACCGUCCCCUAUAACAUUGUCAACAACUACUUCUCCGUGGGUGUGGACGCGGCCAUCUGCGUUAAAUUCCAUCUGGAGCGCGAGAAAAAUCCCCACAAAUUCAACAGCCGAAUGAAGAACAAGCUGUGGUAUUUCGAGUACGCCACAUCGGAAACGUUUGCCGCAUCGUGCAAAAAUCUGCACGAGAGUCUGGAAAUUGUGUGUGACGGUGUCUCGCUGGAGCUUGCCAACGGUCCCCAGCUGCAGGGCAUUGCGCUGCUCAACAUCCCCUACACCCACGGCGGAUCGAACCUGUGGGGCGAAAAUCUGUCCCAGAAGCGGAUGCGCAAGGGCCCGUUCCGGAAAAAGCUGAAAAACUCGGACAAAGAGCUGUCGGCCAACAGUUUCAACUCGGUCGAUCUGUCGAUUGCCAUUCAAGACAUCGGUGACCGACGGAUAGAGGUUAUUGGAUUGGAAAAUUGCCUGCACAUGGGUCAGGUGCGGACCGGGCUGAGGGCAUCGGGUCGACGGUUAGCCCAGUGCAGCGAGGUGGUCCUAACGACAAAGAAAACCUUCCCCAUGCAGAUUGACGGCGAACCGUGGAUGCAGGGACCGUGCACGAUACGACUCACCCACAAAAACCAGGUCCCGAUGCUGAUGGGACCCCGCUCGGAGAAGACCGGUGGCUUUUUCAACUUCCUGAAGAGAUGACUAUCGAAGAAGCCCGACACGGACACCCCCUCGAACGAGGGCUAGCCAAGCGCCAGCCUCUCGGACGCGUAACGAUGACGACGCUGAACGGGGGGAAGAAGCAAGCGACCGGAUUGGGCUUCGAAGUCAGGCCAACAUCCCUGGACCCUGGAAAGGAAGUAAAACAUAGCUUUAACACCACGUGGAACCAAAUAAAUCAAACCAACCAAACAAAACGGUAGAUGAAAACGUAGUUUUUACAACCAUACGACUGGAUGGACGGCAUGGGCGUCUGUGCCACCGGGAUGGACGAGGGGAAGGACACUAUUCGUGCACAGACAGUUCCUGAAGGCUUUAUUCAAACCAAAAACUCUACUACACAUAGAAUAGGAGCGGUAGUUUUCCUACAUGAGCAUUUACACAACAGAGACAAGAAAGCCCUCCCGUACUACACACAUCUGUAUAAUAUAUAUCCUCCCUAGGCUUAAGUAGGAACGAUUUAAUUAAGGAGCACGAUUUCGUAUCGAAAUUCGUUACUAUGGAUAGCAUGUGCCAUCUAGGUUCAAAGAGUUUUAAGAAUGGUAGAAGUAGACGGAAGAAUGUAAGAGUAUUCAUGAAACACAAAACGAAUACGACUUAGGCUUUCGGAUCAACUUGUUGGCGGCAAAUAUCAAACAACGAUUACAAAAUUUCAAUAAAUUCUCCUUUUUUUCAAUGGAUUUUCAUGCAGAAUAACAUAUCUAUAAGUUAUAACCAUUAAUUAUCUUCUUCAACGUUUUACAUCAUCUAAAACCACAAGUUGAUCCCACACAUUUUAUCUACACUUCAUUCAUUACAUCACACAGCAUGACAACAGCUGAUACUGAUACUUCCCGCGCGUAACUAAAGCUUAACCAUUUCCAUAUUGAGGGUCAUUGUGCUAUCGAAGUGUGAGGAUAAUUACCGCAAAGGACGAAACUCAUUAGCAUAUUGUAGUAGAGCAUAAUAUAGUUUCAUGGCAAGACAACCUGGGGCACAAGACAAAAACUGUAGCAACAGUUCAUUGUAAUCCGACGGAACGAUAUCAAAUCAUUAUAUCAGAGAGGUUAAACAACCACCACAUCGGCGACAUCUGUUGUAUCUGUACAACUCUGAAUCGAAUCUAAAUUGCCGUUCUAAUCUUUAAUCUCGGUUUGGGCUGGGUGGUGGUCGAAUGCGAAUUUCUGUUUCGACAGGUGUGUUAAUGUAGAGCUGCCCACUAAUUCGUUAAUAGCUGUAUGAUCGACAAUGGAGCUAUCGGUUAUUAUUGUUAUCACUGUUGAAUUAACUAUAGUUGUUGGAGGGGGAAUUUUAGCGCUAUUAUACUCAUGUGUUAUUGUUCUAGCAAAGUGGAUACGAAAACAAAACUAGAAAUCUAUAUCAGUCUCCGAUUCUACAGAAAGGAGGACAUGCUCGGUUUAUGUGCUUUAAAUUAGAUCUUUAAGAAGAAAGUGAUUUACGGUUAGCUUAGUGUGAAGAUGAGGUCUAUGGAGUACUUUUAAGUAGGGUCAUAAUUAACAUCAUGUUAAUAAAUAUGUACUACUCUGUGAUUGACUUGGGAACUGGGGUAUGACUCUGAACCUUCAAGGUUCACUUUAUAGUAUUCCUAGCUUGACUAAGCUAAUUUCUUAUUUGGCCACUUCCUUCCGUUCAUCGAGGAGUGGGAAGGAAGGUUAGUAAGCCGUUACAACUUUAGUACUAGGAUUUAUUUAGUGGAAAGUGUAGAAACGUUACAUGACAUUGAUUCACCUUAUUAAGAGAUUCGAUAAUUAUGUCUUCUAACUAACAUGCUGAAUGUGUAACUGAUCCAGGAAUUUCGUGAUUAACUGCUUCAAAAAUUAAUUCAUGGAUUCUGUUAUGAAUACCUUCAAAGGUUCUAGCAAAAAAUCCUCCUUCAGGAAUUUCACUAAGAGGACGUCCCCUAUCUUUAUUCAAUUGUGAAUACCGUUGGGAUUGCUGUCGUGAUUCUCUUCAGAGCUUCUGCCAAGAUUUCUGUCAGGUAUUCCUCUAGAAAAUUUUCUAAAAUUCCUCCUGGAGUACCAUCAGGGUUUCAUCAGUAGCUCCUCCUAGGAAUCCAUCAGGUACAACCACAUAGAUUCCGACAGAAACUCCUUCAGUUAUUCCAUCAAAAAUUCCUUUGGGGAUUCAGUUAUGAAAAUUUUCAGAGAUUCUGUCAACUUUUUCCACAGAGAUUCCAGCGAUUCCAUCAAAAAUAGCUUCGAAAAUUCUUUCAGAAAUCUUCCACGGAUUCCCUCGAUAACUAAUCCAAGAAUACUGUAACGGUUUGGCUUCGCAGUCUUAUGGGGAAUGGAAAACACUAGUUUUUGAUUAUUCCCGACGUUUCGGUCGACUUGUAUUUCUCUUUGAAAAAUGCUGAUCAGUACCCGAGCAGGAGAAAAUAGCUGUAGAAUUCCAGACUCAGGUAUGGAAAACCGAAUAACUACAACCUGAAUGAGGUAUUAAGAAGCCCUGCAUAAGAGGUAAAAUACUUAAAAUAAUAACUGGUGUGUAUUCUGCACAUAACACGUGAAUAAUGACAUCAGGUAUGGCAAUACCUCAAUAAUAAUCGACGAUUUUUCCAUACAAAGAGCGAUUUUUCCAUAAUUGAAUACCUUAAAACCUCAAGCAGUCCUCAACACCAAACCAAUAACUCGUCGAGGUAUUUUAUAAAUACCUAGAAAAUACCAAAAUAAGUUAAGUUUAGUCCUUGGGUAACCGACCAAUAUCUCGUCUUGGUAUGAUACCUGACUUUGGUAUGCUGCAGUUAUGUUAUGAAUCAUAGUGAAGAAGGCUGUACAAGCAGUGGAGGUCCCACAGAAGCGAAAGGAGUUUCAGCGAGUAGAAGCUUACCAGUGACGACGGCACAUGCCAAUCACUAGGCAGAAGAGGUCUGGAUAAUGAUGGAAAACCGUGAACUUAACCGUCGCGAAUGGCAGCCGAUUGAGAAAUGCAGCAGUCUGUAUUGCGAUAUUUCGCUUUUGAAUGAAAAGCAGUGCGGCUUUCUCCCGGUUAUUCUGCCGAUGAAGAACCCCAUUAUCUGGAAGUUAUUGGAGUACUACCACCCGCAGGCGGCUCACCGGCUCACGCAAAUGCAGAGACC